GUCUCUUUCUGCGCUUCUUCUGACUCUGAGUCUCGGCGGGGGGUCGCAGCCUUGCCCACCAGCUCCCCGCUGGAGAAUAUUAAGAAUAUAGUUGUUCUCAUCCAGGAGAAUAGGUCUUUUGACACCCUGGCGGGAGGUUUUACCUACAGUCCCUGGAUCGACGGCCUAGUAAAAACUCGCUAUUGCAACCCCGCCAAUGUCUCGCAGCCGUUCUCGCAGGAAGUUUGUGCAGCGAACACGGCUAAAAAUGUGGCCUCUGAUGACCCCGACCACACCAUUACCGGCGGCAAUAUGCAAGUUUUCGGAGACUACCACCCCACAGAUUACUCCCAGUCCACCAUGAAAGGGUUUGUCACCGAGCAAAGCUAUUACUACGGUCUUCAGCAGAACAUGAUGGAGGCCGCCGAGGUGAUUAACUACUAUACCCCAGACCUCGUGCCUGUCACGAAUGCAAUGGCUGAGAACUAUGUUCUUUUCGACCGGUGGUUCGCAUCCAUCCCCGGCCCCACGAAUCCCAAUCGCGCCUAUGCAACGUCUGGAACUUCUCAUGGCCACGGAUCAAAUGACAAUGCCUUCUUAGAUUCGACGUUGCCCCAGAAGAGCAUCUUCCAGCAGUUGUCCGAGAAUAACAUCACGUGGAUCAACUACCAGAAUACGACUGAUAUUGGUCCGUCGAGCUUCCUUCCUGAUGCCCUGUUCUACGAGUGGACCGCCAAAUCAGGCAUGGGGAAGAGCAACGUUCUCCCUAUAGACCGCUUCUACACAGAUGCCAAGGCAGGGAACCUCCCGCAGUUUACCUGGAUCAAUCCCGAGUGCUGUGAUUAUAUGUCCAUGCAUCCAAAGUCCCCCGUCAACAUGGGCGAGAACUUCAUGAAAGGGAUCUAUGAUGCCGUCCGUGGCUCUCCCCAAUGGAACGAGACUCUGUUCAUUGUGACGUGGGAUGAACACGGCGGGUUUGCAGACCAUGUACAUCCACCGACGGGCGUGCCUCCGGGCGAUAGCCUGACCUACACCGAGAAGGCGCCCGAUGGCAAGCCCUACACUUUCAACUUUGACCGUCUCGGGAUCCGGGUCCCUGCAAUGCUGAUCUCCCCUUGGGUGGGAAAGUUUGUCUCGGAGCUUUGGGGCUUGGAUACCUUGACUCCGCGCGUGGACUGGUCGGCGUCGUUUAGUCACCUCAUCACCAACCGGUUUCGUGAUGAUACCCCCGAGGUCAUGCCGAAUGCCGCGGGUUAUUAG